GUAUCACAGACAGUGACAACGUGUGUCUGCUCCAAACUACAGAGACUCCGAGAGAGAUGGCGUUGUGGUCUGCUGCAAAGAGCUUCCAUGUCCCAGCAAACGUCGGCGUUCUGCGCCGCGGCGCUUCAUGGGCUGCCGGAAUUGCCGGAGUCUCGGUGGCCGGCACCGCCAUGUGGCGUUCCUCUUCGUCUAAGCGCUCUUCACCGUUCGCUUGCUUGAGCCUUUCCACUGAUACCCGGACCAAGGAAGCUGUUCAGACUGAAAAGGCCCCUGCUGCUUUGGGGCCAUAUUCUCAAGCAAUCAAGGCCAACAACCUUCUGUUUGUGUCCGGUGUUCUUGGUCUUGAUCCUGAGACAGGAAAAUUCAUCUCUGAUAAUGUUGAAGAUCAGACAGAGCAGAUUCUCAAAAAUAUGGGGGAGAUCCUAAAAUCUGGGGGAGCGAGCUACACAUCAGUUGUUAAGACAACAAUUUUGUUGGCUGACUUGAAGGACUUCAAGAAAGUUAAUGAGAUCUAUGCUAAAUACUUCACUUCACCUGCCCCGGCUCGUUCAACAUAUCAAGUAGCUGCUUUGCCAUUGGACGCCAAGAUUGAAAUUGAGUGCAUAGCAGCACUGUGAGCUCUAUUAGUAGUAUACAUGGCUCUUAAUUAAACUCAGGUUAAUAAUACAGGAGGCACAUAUCCAAGCUUUGGUGUUUUACUUUGAUGAUGCUCUUGUAAUUACAAUCAGAUUAUCUCUCAAGAUCCUUUGCCUAUUUAAAACUGAAAGCAAUUAAGAGAGUUUUUUGUUUGUUAUGCGGGGUCAUAUAACCUGGACCAUAGUUGGAUGUCAACUCAUUAUUUCAAAUAAAACCAUGUCUACAAUAGACCUGCUGGAAAUUA